CCGCCGUUGAGGAGACGGCGAUCAAAAUCCACCGUUUUUCUAGGGUUUCCACUUUCCAGAUUUCGAAUCGAAAAGCUUUCAACUGUUAUAGCUCAAUUUAUCGGCGGAGGAAAGUGUUCUGGUACCAACGAUGGCGUCGAAGCUUUUACAAGCCUUUUGCCGAGGUAAAGUCGCUAAACCCUCCACUUUUCUGCGUAAUCUCUCGAGCUCUGCGGCGGCGGCGGAAGCGGCAGUGGAGCCCUACGAAGAUGGGACCAGCGGAAUCACUGUGAAAGGUGUGAAGAUCGCUGGAAGACCUCUCUACCUGGAUAUGCAGGCGACAUCACCGGUGGACCCUCGUGUGCUUGACGCCAUGCUCCCUUAUUACAUCUCUUGCUACGGAAACCCUCACUCCCGGACUCACCUCUACGGAUGGGAAUCGGACGACGCCGUAGAGACGGCCCGUGGACAAGUCGCGGCCCUGAUUAACGCUUCUCCUAAGGAGAUUAUCUUCACUUCCGGCGCCACGGAAUCCAAUAACAUCUCCGUCAAAGGCGUCAUGCAUUUUUACAGGGAGAAGAAGCGACACGUCAUCACCACACAGACUGAGCACAAGUGCGUCCUUGACUCCUGCCGUUUCCUGCAGCAAGAGGGCUUCGACGUCACAUACCUCCCGGUCAAGCCGGACGGGCUUAUUGACCUAGAGAAGCUUCGUGCAGCUAUUCGGCCGGAUACAGGUCUUGUUUCGGUCAUGAUGGUGAACAAUGAGAUUGGGGUUAUCCAGCCCAUGGAGGAAAUAGGAAAAAUAUGCAAGGAAUUCAAUGUUCCUUUCCACACAGAUGCAGCACAAGCAUUGGGGAAGAUCCCAAUUGACGUGGAUAAGAUGAACAUAAGCUUGAUGUCCCUUAGUGGGCACAAAAUAUACGGGCCUAAAGGUGUUGGAGCCCUAUACAUGAGACGUAGACCGAGGAUUCGGGUUGAGACCCAAAUGAAUGGUGGUGGACAGGAGAGAGGGAUUAGGAGUGGGACUGUGCCAACUCCAUUGGUGGUGGGGUUCGGAGCGGCAUGUGAGGUUGCGAAGAAGGAAAUGGAUUAUGAUGAGAAAAGGAUCAAUGGUUUGAAGGAGAGGCUGUUAAAUGGGAUAAAGUCUAAGCUUGAAGGAGUGGUGGUGAACGGAAGUGAAGAGAGGCGUUAUUCCGGGAACGUGAACUUGUCAUUUGCUUAUGUGGAGGGAGAGAGCCUUUUGAUGGGGCUUAAAGAGGUUGCUGUAUCAAGUGGGAGUGCAUGCACAAGUGCAAGUUUGGAGCCAUCUUAUGUUUUGAGGGCAUUGGGUGUGGAAGAGGACAUGGCCCACACCUCAAUUAGAUAUGGGAUUGGAAGGUUCACUACUGAGGAAGAGAUUGAUAGAGCCGUGGAGCUUACAGUGAACCAAGUUGAGAAGUUGAGGGAAAUGAGCCCACUUUAUGAGAUGGUUAAGGAGGGUAUUGACAUUAAGAGUAUCCAAUGGGCUCAACACUAGUUCUCUCAUUCUGCAUCUUUGGGUUUUGCCCAAAAUGGAUGUCGUUCUGCAUCUUUGGGUAUUUAUUAUAUGUAUGUUGGCACUGUAUUACUGUGUUGUUUAUUCAAUCAGUUUUGCCUCAAAGAAGAAAGGGAAGUUGGGAUGUUUUUAUUUUUCAGCUAUAUGAUCUCUAAUAUUUGAUGAUAUAAUGUUUUGAUUAUGUAUUUGGUUUCAUAGUUUGGUAUAAGAGACAUGUGGUUAUGUGUUCUGAUCCACAAGUUUGACUUUGUUGCAAUGACAGAGACAGUCUAAGAUGAGCUUAAUAAAGCACUAUCUGUGCAUUUUAGUGCAAAA